AGAUUUCUGGCAGCAGACUUGGCUAAUAUACGUCCAGAUCUCUGUCUGUGACUCCAAGCACCGAAGAAAAGCUUGCAUCAGCGCCAAUUCAUGACCUCGUCAAUUUUGGAAGAGAAUCGAUGGGCGCACAUGGAUACAAGUUGGAUUUCACAGAUGCAGGCCACGGCACGCGCUCUGCUCUUAGUUUGACCCUCGAAACUUGCACUCAGUAUAGAUCUAUCCUCGUAAACAAAACGCAUGCAGUUGAGGGCGCUUGAUCGCCUUUCCGCUGCUGGCGGCGCAUCCAAAAGUUCCUGUCUCUCGCUGACGAUUAGCCCUUUCGUAAUCGAGAUGGAGGCGAGCAAUCGGGAUAGAAGCGAGCAAUCACCGCGUGAUGCGCGUGUCGCGAAUCAGUCAGUUGCGCUGACGCGGUUGUUCCUUGUUCUCUACCAUGAUGAAGACCUCCCUCAUCGCCCUCGCUUGUGCCUGUGCUGCUCUAGCCGUGCCUCUCACUGAGGACCAGACGCCAUUCAUCUUCGACCAUGAUUACCAGCACCCAGACUUCCCCGGAUUUGAUCUUAGUGCCAAACGUCUCGUCGAAAUGGAAGGCCAACCUCCGGUAUGGAUGUCCGAGCUGGAAAAGAUCCAAGCGAAAGCACGAGGCAUCAAGUUCUUCGACAUAACUGACACGGAGCACUUGACCGCCGGGAAUAGAUUCCAAACUCAAGCUUCUUUUCCCGCACCUAACGCCACUGAGAAGGUCUGGCCGAUUAUCAAGAAGCUCUCUACCGAGGGCCCUGAAGAGAAUCUCCGCACAUUCACUGGUUUCCGCACGAGAUACUACCGCAGUGACACAGGAAAGCAGAGCCAGCAGUGGCUCAAGGAGAAGAUCAAAGAGACCACUUCCAAGUGGGGCUCCAAGUCCCUCCAAGAUCUCAUCUCAGUCUCCGAAUUCUCGCAUAGCUGGGGUCAGCACUCUGUUAUUGCCAGAAUCAACGGCUCCUCCACAAGCGACGAUGCGGUUAUCAUCAUCGGUGCUCAUCAGGAUAGCACCAACCUUUGGCCUUUCCUUCCUGCCCCUGGCGCUGACGAUGAUGGCUCUGGUUCUGUGACGAUUCUUGAGAGCUACCGCGCUCUUCUUGCUGCCGACUUUCAUCCGAAGCGUGCCAUUGAGUUUCACUGGUACUCUGCGGAGGAGGGCGGUCUUCUAGGAUCUCAAGCUGUAGCUCAAUCGUAUCAGCAGAAGGGUGUCAAUGUUCUCGCCAUGAGUCAGUUCGACAUGACAGCUUGGGUCAAGGCCGGAACCCGCGAGGAAGUUGGCAUUAUCACGGACUUUGUUGAUUCUGGGGUCACUGAAUUCAACAAACAACUCGUUGAACUCUAUCUCGACAUUCCUUGGGUCGGCACCGAGUGUGGCUACGCUUGCAGUGACCACGCUUCUUGGGCCAAAGCCGGAUACCCCAGCUCUUUCACGAUUGAAAGCAGCUUCCCCAACUCGAACAAGAAUAUCCACUCACUGAACGACCGCAUUGAUGUUUCCGAUGAAUUCAGCUUCUCACACAUGAAAGAGUUCUCGAAGCUUGCCGUUGCGUUCGCCGUCGAACUGGGAAGUGUCUCCAAGUAGAUAGAUAAUGCCAUGUAUUUAUUUACAUUCUGAUCAGUAAACACAGCCACUGUCUGCUUCGUCCUUUAA